AUGAACAAGCCUGGCCUGACAAUAUCCCAUAUUUUCUUUGCUGACGAUACUCUGAUUUUCCUGAGAGCUAAGGAGGAGAACUGUCGGAAAUUAUCCCAAGUCAUUGAUGAUUAUUGCUUGGCGUCGGGUCAAAAAGUUAAUAAGUCAAAGUCAAGCGUAUUUUUUGGAAACAAUGUGCCUGAGUCUUUAUCAUUUCAUUUGACGAACAUCCUGAGUAUGGAGAGGGUUGGAGAUCCAGGUGUCCACCUGGGGGUUCCCGCUAUUUGGGGUUGUUCGAAAAAAAGUGGGCUAGCCUAUGUUAAAGAAAGAUUAUUGGGUAAGCUCAGGGGAUGGAAGAAAGCCGCUCUCUCUCAAGUGGGGCGGGAGGUCCUCAUAAAAGCGGUGGCGCAAGCAAUCCCUGCAUAUCCUAUGAACUUAUUCAAGUUUCCUACUUCUCUAUGCAAUGAGUUGGAUGCCAUGAUAUCAAAGUUCUGGUGGGGGCAAAAAGAUGGUGAACAACGUAUUCAUUGGGUUUCUAGAGAGAAAUUGGGAUGGGCGAAGGAUAUGGGCGGGUUAGGUCUUAGGAGUUUCAAGGUGUUCAACUAUGCCCUGUUGGCUAAGCAGUGUUGGAGAUUAAUUGAGGAGCCGAAUUCUCUGUGGGGUUUGGUGCUUAAGGCACGGUACUUCCCUAAUUGUUCAUUCAUGGAUGCUAAAAGGGGUGGGAGAGCCUCUUGGGCCUGGUCUAGCCUCCUCACUGGAAGGGACAUUUUACGUAAUGGAGCUCAUUGGCAGAUUAUGAGUGGAAAUGAGGUUAAGGUAUGGGUUGAUAGAUGGAUCCCGUCUAUUCCAAUGAGAAGACCUUCUCCAUCGGGGACGGUACAGGUUUCUAAUAAUUUGGUGGUUAAUUCGCUGAUUUGCUCUGAGAAUAGAAUGUGGGAUAUUGAUUUUCUGAAGCCGUUCCUGGAAAGGUCCGAGUUUGAUGUUAUCCUUAAGACCCAUAUUGGAGACCCUUUGUUACGUGAUCGUUUGGUUUGGCCCCUAGAUAAAAAAAGGGUAUAUUCAGUUAAAUUCGGAUAUAAAUGGGUGGUUGGUCGAAAUCUGCCCCAUGGGGGUAUUAAUAUUGGAUCCUCGGUCACCAUUCCUGCCCAUCUAUGGAAGUGUGUGUGGAAACUUGAGGCUUCUCCAAAAAUCAGAUGCUUUUUAUGGAAGACCUUUCAGGAAGCUGUGGCUACUAUGGCAAACCUCUUCCGAAGAAGAUCUUCCCCAUCUCGUUAUGCCCGAUUUGUAAGAAUCAGGAUGAAAGAAUUGUACAUCUAUUUUUGCAAUGCCCGUGGGUGGAGGCUGUUUGGUUCGGGGGAAGCUUGGGUUAUUUUGGCCAUUUCUUUAUUGGUCUCUACAUUCAAAGAAGCCCAGGGUGGUCCUUAUACUACGCCUCCACCUCGUGGCCUGGAUCAAUUGGUUGAUGUUUGUUGGUCUCCUCAUUGUCCAGGUUUCGUUAAGAUAAAUGUGGAUGCUAGCUGGGGAUCAUGUGAUGGACAGGGAUUCAUGGGUAUUGUUGCACUGGAUGAGGAAUGGAGGUUUCUUGCUGCUAGUAGAUCAGGUGUGAAGGCUACUAGUGUGGCUAUGGGAGAGGCUAUGGCAAUCUUGCACGGGUGUAUGCUUGGCAAGAGGAUGGGAUGGAAUAAGAUUAUUUUAGAGACCGACUCGUUGGAAUCGAUUUCUUGCCUUAGGGACAUGGCUAAGAAAGGCAGUUGGGAUGCCUUCCCCUCUCUUCUGGAUUGUGUUAGAUUGGGAAAGGAGUUUCUUGAUUGCCGCUGGUCUUGGGUUCCAAGACCGGCCAAUUCGGCAGCGGACCAUUUGGCGUCGCGAAGUAGUAGGGAAGUAUGUGAUCAUGUGUGGGUUAAUAGACCCCCAUCUUCCUUGGUUCAUGUUUUGUGUAACAACGGUUUACCUUGUCCGCCUUAA